AUGCACAUGGUGCGUACUCGAGGUUUGGAAGGCCACAAAGGUACAUGGGAGCAAUUUCUGAAAGUCCAUGACCCAAAGUAUGGACAUUUGUUUACUUGUCCUUUGUUUCGAGGACCAGCUGAUUCAAUCAAUUUCCUCACUACACUAAACAAGGAAGAGGAUGUGCAGCUGUUAACGGCUUGGCUUACAAGCCCCAGCCGUGCUNUUCGUCACCUUUAUUCGAAGAAGCUUUCUCACAAGGAAGAAACUGUUGUAGAGCGGCUUGUUCGGAUGACUCUUACCCGAGCUGACCUUNCUCUAGAGUACCAUCUGACCCUGCAUAAUAACCCCGAGGACUGGGUUGUGACCGGGGUUGGAAGGAACCAUUGCAAGCGUGGAGAGGGGCUUGAAAUGAUUUCACUCUCUUGUGAUAUGGUGCUUUGUGAAGAUGGGAGUGAAGCUCCUAUUAGAGUUGUUGCACUUGACCGUGAUUUCAAGAUGAUCCUCAAUGAAUAUGUGAAACCCAAUCAACCCGUUUCUGACUUGAGGACCGAUAUCACCGGACUCACUUCUCAAAUUCUUGGUGAUGCUACUUUUCUAUCUGUGACAGAUGUACAGGAAAUAUUGCGGCCGUUGGUUUGCACAGAAACUACUGUGGUAGGUCACGGUCUGAACAAGUCUAUUUUGGGAUAUGAUAUGUCAAGUCCCUCCAACUUUGUCUUUUCUUGCCUCAACAAUGCAGUAGUUGCGAUGAAACUUGUUCUCUCUGUAGUAGAGAAAGGAGCAGAGACCUCCAUUGAACCAACUGAAGAGAUGCUAAGGGAUGCGAGUUCUAAGAGACAGAAGAGAGAAAAUGGUUNUGCAGUUGUAGACCAGUGUAGUAGAGAUGGAGAAGGACAGUUCAAUAGAGAAAGAAGGGUUUUGAAGAUUACUGUUAUCCCAAAGGCGGGGCAAACCUCAAGGAUAUUGAGGUGA